UCAAGAGCACUUGGAGCUGGUUUUCACCUUGAGGAAGCAGUGACUUAUUCCAAAAAGCCACUUCUGGCCUGAGAAUUUACCCGGCAUGCCUAAUCAGGGAGAAGACUGCUAUUUUUAUUUCUAUUCUACAUGCACCAAAGGUGACAGCUGCCCUUUCCGUCACUGUGAAGCUGCACUAGGAAAUGAAACUGUUUGCACGUUAUGGCAAGAAGGUCGUUGUUUUCGACAGGUGUGCAGAUAUCGCCACAUGGAAAUUGAUAAAAAACGAAGUGAAAUUCCUUGUUAUUGGGAAAAUCAGCCAGUGGGAUGUCAAAAAUUAAACUGUGCUUUCCAUCACAACAGAGGUCGUUACGUUGAUGGACUGUUCCUACCUCCAAGCAGAAGUGAGAUUGGUUUUGAUUCUAAAAGGGAACAGUUGCUAUUCACUGUGUUACCCACUGGGCCUGAGUUGCAAGAAGAAGAAGUCAAGGCCAGCCAACUCACAGUUCAGCAGAACAAAUUGUCGGUCCAGUCUAAUCCCUCCCCUCAACUGCGGAGUGUAAGGAAAGUAGAAAGUUCGGAAAAUGUCCCCAGCCCCACGCAUCCACCCGUUGUAAUCAACGCUGCCGAUGAUGAUGAAGACGAUGAUGAUCAGUUUUCUGAGGAGGGCGAUGAAAGCAAGACACCUGCCCUGCAGCCAACCUCUGAGGUUCACAAUGGACUCCGAGUGGCUUCUGCCCGGAAACCCGGAGUCGCUUUAAAGCAAGGUGAAUGUUUGAAUUUUGGAAUAAAAACUCUUGAGGAAAUUAAAUCAAAGAAAAUGAAGGAAAAAUCCAAGAAGCAAGGUGAAAGCUCCUCAGGAGUUUCCAGUGCUUUACAUCAGCCUCAGUCCAAUCCAGGCCCUGAAAAGGAGAAUGUGCGGACUGUGGUGAGGACAGUAACUCUCUCCAGCAAACAAGAAGAGCCCUGGGUUAGACUGAGUCUUCCUGAGAGACUGGGAAAACGAAAAUUUUCAGUAGGUGGUGACAGUGAUCCCCCAUUAAAGCGAAGCCUUGCACAGAGGCUGGGAAAAAAGGUGGAAGCUCCAGAAACUAACCUUGAUAAAGCACCAAAGAAAGAGAGAGUUAACAAAGCUGGUGAGAUCCACGUGAAGACAUUGGAAGAAAUUCUUCUUGAAAGAGCCAGUCAGAAACGUGGAGAAUUACAAACUAAACUGAAGACAGAAGAGCCUUCCCGGACUGAUGAGUCUCCAUCAGGAACCAAAAGCUCUUCCUCAGUGCGGAUCAAAACCUUCUCUGAGGUCCUGGCUGAAAAGAAACAUCGGCAGCAGGAAAUGGAGAGACAGAAACCCAAAAAGGAUACAGGUUGCCCCAAGUCGACAGCAGAUCCUGAUGUGAAGAAGACUGGGAGUCUGUUACCUGUUGCUGUCAGCAAAGGACAGGCAGAGGAGCCUGCGGGAAGAGCCAGGUCCAUGCAGGAGGUGCACAUCAAGACGCUAGAGGAGAUCAAACUGGAGAAGGCCCUGAGGGGACAGCGAAGCUCGGAGAGCAGUGCCAGCUCCCGGCCUCAAGCGGAGGCUAUUCCUGGGGCCAAGAGGCUGCUCCGCAUCACCAAAAGAGCAGGUGCAAAAGAAGAGAAAAACCUCGAGCUCGAAGGCAGUGAAAUUGCGUCUCAGAGCAGUGUGACUAAGACAGAGGCUAGUGAGACUUCAGAUGAGACCAUAAGUGACACCACAAAAAUUCCAGUCAAUAGAUGUGACACUGUCAGAGAGAAGCACACCGAGAAAGAGCAGGAGGCAGGAGCCUCACAGAAGGAGAAGCCAGCCUUGUCGCCUGUCCCCGGAGACGGGGCCUCAUACUUCACCCGGGUGGUGGGGAAGCCCGUGCUCACUGCUGUAUCAGGCAUCACACGGCACCUGGCCAAGCGCCUCCCCACAGAGUCAUCCCCAAAGGGGGAGGUAGAAACCUCUGGAAUCGGGGACUCCAUACUGAAUGUGAAAUGUGCAGCACAGACUUUGGAAAAAAGGAGUAAAGCCAAACCCAAAGUUAAUGUGAAGCCGUCUGUGGUCAAGGUUGUUUCAUCUCCCAAACUGGCUCCAAAACGCAAGGCAGUGGAGGUGCACCCGGCUGUCAUUGCAGCAGUGAAGCCGCUCAGCGCCGGCGGUGUCCUGCAGGAAAGCCCCGCCAAGAAAGCGGCUGUGGCUGUGGUCCCCCUUCUCUCUGAGGAUACAUCCAUCGCCAUGUCUGAGACAGAAACACCUAAGGACAGUUUUGCGCUGCCUUCAACCCAGUCCUCUUCAGAACCCUCGCUCCCAGAAGGAUCUGGCCCUUCCUCAUCCCAGGUGGCAUCUAAACCUCGCCGACUGAGCUCUGCCUCAACAGGAAAGCCUCCACUCUCCGUGGAAGAUGAUUUUGAGAAACUAAUAUGGGAAAUUUCAGGAGGCAAAUUAGAAGCUGAGAUUGACUUGGAUCCUGGCAAAGAUGAAGACGACCUUCUGCUUGAGCUCUCAGAGAUGAUUGACAGCUGAAGCUGAUGGUGAGGACGCUUUAAAGAAAAAAAAAAAAAAACCCUCACCAAAACUGGACUUAGUUUCAUCUAUUCUAACAUUUGCCUGAGGUGAUCAUUUCUUUAGUCUCAAAUUUUGCCCAAAUCAAAAGUAUACCUCUGAAGUACCCGUGUGUGUCCUGGUUCCCCUGGGGUCAGAUCUUUACAUCCCUUGAUGACUGUUUGUCCAUUUGAUGCCAUUGUUUAGUAUCUCUGAGAAGAAAGUUCUGUAAUGCCCUUCUCUCCACCCAAGACUGAGCUCCCAAUGAAAUGGUGCGAGAGAACUCCGUGGCUCCUUGAGGCGUUUGUCAGUGUGGGCAAGCUUCCCUUUGCUGUAUUUAUUUAUGUAUUGUCUUAAGAUUAUCAGAGUUGAAAACGAAGACAGCUGCUAACCAUUGUGGACCAAAUGUCAUGCUACCACUAAACAAAAGACCCACUCCGUCUAUGUUAAAUUGUAUGUCUUUUUAAAGGUAUUUGGAGAUUCGUCUAAGCUUUAAAGGGGCCGAGCGGCUCGAGAACCUGAGAUGUGGACAGAACUCUGGACCCGUCCUGUUGCAUUAGCUGCUCCAUAAGCCUCUGAAGAGCAAUAGCUAAUUUAUUAUUACUGUAAUUUUUUAAAGGCUUUAAAGUGCCUCAGGGGUCCCCUGAAACGAAUUUUCUACUUCUGGGAUUCCCUGGAUUCUUUAUAAGAUGGUGACAUGACUAGGGAAAUUCUUUUUUUAGUGUGAAAAUUGUCCCUUUUCUUCAAUACCUUUCUCCUACUGGCAUUGAAUUAUCACAGAGACAGAAAAUUGGUAAAUUUUAUAAUUUCUAACUCUCCCAGGAAACUCCUCUUGCCUAGUAUUUAUUUGAUGUGCUUUAACCACGGGAGGAGGGGAAAAAAAAAAAACAACAACAAAAAAAGCCAACCUCAUUCAAGCUGCCAGUAUUGAUCUCCGGACUGUAGCAGUACACUGGGCUGUGCUGUCGCAGGGAUGGCGAGAUGCUCUGGGGUGUAUUGGAUACCUCCAGUUUCUUCAUUUCUGGAUUGAGUUUUCUUUUCUUGAUGUUGGUCUUCAUAUCACCUCAAGGUUUAGACUUGUGAACGAACAAGUCUGAUGAGGGUAAUAGUCUUGAAAUGAGACACUGUACAGAAUUGGAAGGCGGAAAGAAAGACUUGUUCAUUGUGAUACUUUCUGUAGGCGGCCAGUUUGUUUCUCAUAGGGAAAUCCUGGAUCACCCGUCGUCAUCUUGGCUCCUAAGGAACUGCUGUUGUAAGCGGCUCAUCAAGAGUUGAAGUUCAUGUAGCCUUGUUGGGAAUAUGGAAAAGGAAGAAAGCCACAGGACUGCCCGUUCAGUCUGGGAAGAUCUGGAUGAUUCUGCACAUGCAAAAAUGACUUGAAAUUUAUGUAUAGACACUUGUACCAAUCCAUCUUCAGCUGACUGAAUGUUGUAAGAUAGCCCUUCUCCAAAGCAGGGGUGGAAUGUUCUGCUUUCACCACACAUUUUAUAAACACAUUUCCUUUUUUGAAUUGACCUAUAGAUUGUAGGUCCCUUUUGUAUAUAACCUUUAUUCUUUUGCUUUAAAAGAAAGUCUGUUCAUAUUUAAUGCCCUGUAUUAGUCAAUGAUUUUCGUUCAACAUUAUUUGAACCAUUUGCCAUUACCGAAAGAGAAAUACUUAUUUGUGUUUUAAAUAAAACUGAUAUAGGAAAUCUUUAGGUCUUAUCAUUAUAACUUAAGUGAUGCUGUUAAUUUUUUAAAAGGAGGGCAGGUUUAAAAGUGAUCUUAAUAUUCAGUGAUUGAGAAUUUUCAAACAUGAAGAUGGAAGAAAAGCUUUAAUUAGAAGAGUGCAGGUUUUUCGAUCUGUAUACUGACUUCUUACUGUUACAAAAAUACGUGUAAAUUUUUAGUAACCAAAGACGAUAAGUUUUUUCCUCCUAGUAGCCUAAUAGUCCCAGGCUGAGGCUAUAACUUAGUAGUGGACCAUUGGCCUAGUGUACAUGAGGCUUGGUCCAGCCUAAUGCUGUCCCCCACAUAGCCCCAAAAGGUCCCAUCAGUUGAAUGAACUCUUCAUGUACAUAUCUUAAUGGUCAUAGAGCAAAUGUUGCAGCUUGGCUCUGCCCCAAAUUUUGGAGAUAGCUUUACAGUUUAUAUUUUUUCAAGAUUAGGCCAGAUGUAGUGGCACAUGCCUUUAAUCCCAAGCAGAAACAGGAGGGUCUCUGAAUUCCAGGCCAAAAAAGAAAAGACAACAAGAUUAAAAUCUGUGAAAUUCUGACCUUAACAAUAGCAUCUCUUAUGUGGCUCUGUGCAUUCUCAUCUCUGCCAGUCUCAGGAGCUCCCAUAGAGAGAAGGCUAACACAAAGAGCUAACUACAGUUCACACACGAAGCUUGAGUUAUGUGGGCCAGACUCCUGGGAUCCGUUCUGAAACUAUUGCUUCACUUCAUCUGAAUAAUUCUGCAGUUAUUUAAGUGUGAUGCCCUUGAAUUUGGCAGUUUAACAGAAGGACAUUCGUGCUUACUAGAUAUAAUAACAGUUCCUGAGGACCCAUUUUGAAACAAUCUACAGAAAGGUCACUGCUAGCUUCCAGGGUCAGUCUUCUCAAGCCCAACUGUGUGUGUAGACCAGCGUCUGCAGCUCAGGCUGACCUGCCUUUCUGGAGUCUCUUACCUCCACCACCCAAGUGCUUAGAUGAAAGAUGACCCACGCCUGGUUCAUGUGGUGCUAGGGAUGGACCCCAGAGUCUGGUGCUGAGCUACACCCCAAACCCUGCAGCUGGUUUUUAAUUUGCAAAGUGAUGUCAGGGGGCGGUGCUGCUGGAGAGAUGGCUCAGCUGAGAAAGGCACUUGACUCAUAAUCCUGGCAACCAGAGUCCAACAAAGAUGGACAGAUGUUGUCCUCUGACUUCCUAUGCUUGGGCCAUGUCACAUGCUCCUAGCCCCUACAACAAGUUUCUAAUAAUUAAAAGAGCCAGUGAUUUAUGACCACCAAGCCUGGUGACCUGAGUUCAACCCUUAACACUAGUAAAAUGAGCAAAAAAUCUGCCUUGAUUCCCAAGCAGCAAUCUAGGAUUUUAUGGUCUUUGGUUGUUUUGUUUUUUGGUGUUUUUUUAUUUUUAUUUUUUUUAAUUAAAGGUUUCAGAAGUCUA